AGCUGCGACAUGUAAGUAUCUAGACUCGAACGAUUGACUCUCGAUUAGAGUUUUCGAUAAGUUGCAACGAACUGUGUGAGCGUUUUUGUUUAGUGCGCUACGCAAAAACAAAAAGUAAAAAAAAACCCAAUAUGGGAAGCGCCCGCUGGUACCGCAAUUUAAAAUCGUCGUGUGAGAACCGCGCAAAAUAACCGGCUGCAGUUGCAAAUGCCAUAACUAUGUCGCUAAAACGCACCAGUGUGAGCAUACUCUGUGACCCUACAAAUCAAAUUCGUCUAUGUUUUGCUUGUCGGGGCUGCAUUCGGAGAGAACCAAACUAGAAUGAAGGACUUCCACCUGUUCCCGCCUGCGCAUGCGGGCAACCUCGGCGGUACUAGUGCGACGAGUCACCAGUACAGUCAACCGCAGCCGUACAGUCGACAGCACCAACGGUCACUGUCCCCAUUCUCCACCGCACCGACGUCCAUUCUGACGCCCCGUGGCGGGCCGUCGCACUCGCACGCCAGUUCCGCGGCGGCGGAGGCGAAUCGGCUGCUCCGCGACCGGAAACGGUGGGAGGCACAGCAGGCCGAGGAGCGCUACGUGCAGGACCUGGAGCAGGAGAACGCGAAGAUGGUGGACAUCUUGCAGCACGCGCUGCCGAAGAAGCUGGAACAGCUGUGGCACAACGUGGAAAAGCUGGUCGACGAAAAGGUGGACAGCUUCUUCAAGGGGAAGGUAGAAAAGCUCGAGGCGUUUUGCACGGACGACGGCAGCAUCGCCGCUGCAGUGGAGCGCAGCUGGACGGCUAAGGAGUCGGCGUUCGAAAAGGCCUUGCUCGAGAAGUGCAAAGCAAAGUGGCGCGCCGAUGUUCCUGAGGUGGUCUUGCCGCGGUUCUUCUCACCCUUGGUCAGUACCGCUGAGGAAGACAAAACCGCUGGAGGCGGAGGUUGCGCGAGUACUACCCAUCAAGUGCCAGCUACUUCAAUCAGUCGGUUAAACCUGCUCUCGACCUCCAGCCAGGACUCCGCGGGCACGGCAGACGAGGCCGCCGGGUUGGCAACAAGUUCCGAAACCGUACCUGUGGAUGAGGGCAACUACAGCGAGGACAUGAAGUUUUUGUCACCGCGAGCAGUGUCGUCCCCGACCGAGGAGGUCCAGGCCGAGGUAACUGAAGAUUCGAGUCCUAGCACUGUUCCAGAUCCUUUCUGCUUCGACGAGACGGCGCUAAGCCGCGGGCGCAGCAGGAACGACCGCAAUCGUGACCCGCGCGGAAGAACGUCGCAGUCACAGGACAAGAGCAAAAAGUACGAACCUAACUCGGUAGACAAAAAGGCGGUUCUCCAGUACUUCAAAACGCUGCAGACGCAACUCGACUCGUCCAGCAGAGAGAUCACACAGUUGGACGCCGGGUUGCAGCACACUGAGCAAAAAUUCGAGCAGAACCUGCAAGCGCUGGAGACCAGGCGCAUCCCUGCCCUUUUGGAUGAAUUGAAGCAAAGCGAGCUGAGUCCGCGCUUCCUGUGUUUGGAAAAUCAGAUGAAGGACCUCGUCCGGGAAAUCGACACAGCGCACCAGAGUUUCCACAAAAUGCGCCAGGACCUCGACCUGGAAAUCGGCACCAGUGCUGACUUUCGCCAGAACAUCCUGUGCACCGAACAGAUUGCGCAGCUGCGGGCGGAAUUCUAUGACCACCUAUGUGGUGGUGGUGGUGGCAGCAGCGGCUCGAAUUGCGCUUCUUCUGCUUUCAAGCCCCUCGCCACGCCUACGUCGCUGGGCCGGAGCGUCCAGGAACAGGAACCGGAGGCGGAAACCAGCUACGAAGUGAUCAAUUGUGCGACCACCGGGCAGCACGCGUUCCAGCGAUUCCGAGGUUCUUCGUCUUUUGAAAAUGAAAAUGAGGUGGACCACCUGCACCGCCGGGGCAUGAUCCACCGCAUCGCAGUGCAGGUAUUCGAUUCUGAGCUGGCAAAGUAUCAGUCGGCCGUUUUGGACAAGAAUUUCGUGCAGUUUUCCUCCGAAGUGAUUGCCCGAGAUUUUCCGCGGCUCCAGGCCCAUGUGUACAAGAUCGCGCAGAUUGUCCAAGGGCACCUGGGAACUACUACGAGCUGUGGUGCUGUUGUUGGAGGUGCAAACAAACCUAAUCGCUUCUCCUCCUCUUCGCAAACUAGCUCCUCGAUCGGAUCGACGCCGGACGAACAUUCCCGCGAGGAUAAUGUCGGCGCGGAGCAGGAACAGCUUGAACCGUUUGCCGGGAUUAUUAUUCCGGGAGCGAGCAGCAGAGCGCAGUUUGUAGCGGAAGCAAACGCGACGAAUCCACUUUCCGCGACGACACUCCUGGAGCAGCGCGUGUUGUCCCAGGUGGAGCAGCUGCUGCAGCAGGAGCGUGUUUCCGUCGACCACUCGCUGCAACAGCAGACGAAGAUCACGGAGGCCAAGAUCGCCCACGCGGUGGAGACGAGUGAGCAGAAGCAGACCUACAUGCGCCAGAUCGAGUCGGCCGAGAACUGCAAGGAGACGCAACAGACCGUGGCCAUCACGACGAAAAACCUCACCCAGAAGGUGCAGCAGAGCGAGCGCGUGUUGAAGCUGCAGUUUGACAAGGUGAGCGCGGAGAAUGUGCAGCUGAAAUCGGAAUUCACGAAACUGUGGAAGCAAGUUUGCGGUCCGGCUGAGUUCCGCUGGGUGCUGCCGAAAAUCGACGAGAAGUGCCUGAAGAGCGGUUUGUUCCCGUUGAAGCACAUCACGGCCGUCUUGCAUCUGUACCCCGCGGGCAGGCUCUGCUCCCGACCGGGGUACUGCGCGCUGGUGCUGAAGCGGGUGCCGGUUGCGGAAAACGCUGCCGGGAGCACGCCGCGGUCCACGGAGAAAACCAGCAGUGUGUCACCAGCCGGGGAGACCGCUGGCGGGUUCGGCGCCGGGGCUGCGGAGACGGGGUAAUCUUUUGCGUUUUGAGAAAGAUCGAUGAGAAAAACUGCAUUGUGAAGCCACUUUCCGCGAAAAUUCGCCUAGUAUCACAGUCGCCCUCUGAAUCUGGAACAGAAUUUUACCUCCUUGUUUGGUGUGUGUAACAAUUCUGGAAAUUCAUCUCCCUACAGUGUCUCCACCAGCGGUUCCGGCACCAGUGUCCUGAUCACUCCGCGCGGAACAUCUGCGAACAAUCCUUCGCGAAACCCAUUUGAAGUUGGCGCUGCCGCGGAGGCAAAUCCCUUUUCGGGAAGGAAAAGCAGCCACAGAUGCAACCAGUUCCUUGGAGGUUUUGAAGAUUCUAGUCUGCCUCUCACCGGCCGGAUGAAGGUGCAGUUCUUGUUUGACGAGAAGAUUUGUUGCGCGUCAGAGCAGUGGGACAGUUUUGAGGGCUGUGAAGAAGCCGUUGUAAUCGACAACUUUCUCCCCGGCGACCGUCUGCGUAACAACCUCGCCGUCACUGUGCGCGUGAUUCAAGCCUAG